UUUGAAGGUGAAAUAUUUUUUCUAAAAAAAAAAUCUGUUUUAUUGAGGAAGGGAAGAAGAGAAACUCGAGAAGUGGAUAAUACGUCGGCCGAAAUGCUCUGCGGCCACGCCGGCUCCAAUUGCCACCGCCGAUACUUACAAGAUCUCGAGCGAUCUCCUCGGUGGCACCCCCUUCGCCCCCAAGUCGUAGCUCCCAAUCCCAAAUCAGGACUUCGAUUCCCUCAUCUUCGUCGCCGCUGACCAGGACAGAGGCGGUCGCCUAAGACGACCAGAUUGGUUUUGGCGAGCCCCACUCCCUCGCCGGGUUCAUCUGCUCCGGUGAGUGCCUGCGGCGCCCCGCGUCUGUUCGGCGAAGCUGUCGAAGCUUGUGAAGAUACUGAGAAGCACAGGGGCGCCCAUGUCUUCCUCUAUCAGCGUCUUGUAGGUGCGAAUGAAACGGGUGCAGAGGACGGUAGGGUCGGUCCAGUCGUCUCCGCCGGCAGGUUGGGUGGAUGUCUGACGCUCCUCCUCCUCCCUCCAUUCCUCGCUUCCGUCCAAAUAAACUUCUCAAAGGAAUUCGUUUCCUCUCCCUUUCUUUCCUUUACCCUUGUUACCUGCCUUUCUUUCCCUCUUCCUUAGGAGGAACAAAGUUCUCUAUUUUGCUCAUAUGUCACUGACAAUGUUGUCGUCGAAGCACUUUGUGUCACUUCGUAUCUCGAUGCUCCUUCCACCAGAGAGAUGGAAGCAGAAGAAGAAUGAGAGGUGUGUCCCUGCCUUUCUCUGGCCCAAUCCAAUGGUCAGCUUUCUGCUCCGCUGGCGAAGACCGUCUUCCAUGGACCAAGAUUCCCCUCCGCUGGAUUAUGAUCCGUCACGAGAAUUGUUGGGAAUAGAUGUCGACCCGGUGCCAAGGAAUGUUAAUCCUGGUACACAAAAACUUAGGUCCUGGUUUGGUCCAAAUGGGCAAUACAUCAGGGAGUUGCCAUGCCCUAGUUGUAGGGGGAGGGGUUACACACCAUGCACAGAGUGUGAUAUAGAGAGGUCAAGGUUGGAUUGUUCCCAAUGCAAUGGGAAGGGAAUUAGAAUCUGCAAGCAUUGCUUUGGGGAUUGUGUGAUAUGGGAAGAGUCUAUUGAUGAGCAACCUUGGGAGAAAGCUCGAUCUAGCUCCCCUUUGAGAGUGAAGGAAGAUGAUGAAGUUGACAAAUUAGACAUAAAGGUCAAUGUGGCAAGAAAAUCUAAACGAACAUACCAGUCACCAUCACCUGAAGUCAGCUUAAAGAUCAGCAGAUCAUUACGAAGUCUUAAUGCUAAAACAGGACUUUUUAGUAAGCGAAUGAAGAUUAUACACCAAGACCCUAAGCUGCAUGCUCAAAGGGUUGCUGCAAUUAAGAAAACAAAAGGAACUCCUGAAGCAAGGAAGCAGGCUUCUGAAGCUAUGAAAGUGUUCUUCAACAAUCCAGAGAAUCGGGCCAAGAGAAGUAUAGCUAUGAAAGGAGUGAAGUUUUACUGCAGUAACUGUGGGGAGCAAGGGCACCGGAGACAUUAUUGCUCGAUUUUAAGGGAAAAUUCAGGUCCAAUGCCAUUCAGAUGCAGCAAUUGUGGUGGAAGAGGCCACAAUCGUCGUACUUGUGGUAGAUCAAAAUUGGAUUCAGAAACACAGGAAAAGAGUCACAAUGUGUUGCGACACUGUAAAUUAUGUGGCCGAAGUGGACAUAAUCGUAGAACAUGCAUCGAAGCCAGAUAUUCUUUCGCUGAAAGCCCACUGGUUGUUAUCUCUAAAAGAACGUAUUCAUGUAAGUUUUGCUUUGGAAAAGGACACAACAGAAGAACAUGCCCUCGAAGAAAGGGCAUUUAAAAGCCAAACUACCAUUUGACACUGAUCGGUUGUUCCUUUCUAACAAAACAAAUAUUGUUUAUAUACUCCUAUCGUUGAGCUUCUUGAGAAAGCUAUCAUUCGUCUAAAUAUUUUGGGUCAUAUAAAUAACAAAAGGAGAAUUACGUGUUGGGGCAUACUUGUAAUUUGAAUAUGUGAAUAGGAAUUGAACCUGUUUAAGUGAUCUAAUUUUGGUUUA